AUGGACGCUUGCCUCGUUGCGCAACCCGUACGACAGCCGCUCACCUUCACCACGCCCUCGUUCGCCCAGUCCCGCAUGGACAAGGGCGCUCGGCCCGUCUCGAUGUCGAUCGCUUCCUCGUCGCACGCCACCGCUUCGACGUCCAGCAAGCCCUACGGCGUGCAGACUCGCUCCUCGAACGCAGGCGCGAGGGCAGACCACUACCUCGCCGCGUCGCCGUUGACACCCUCCUCGCCUCAUUCUCCCGCCGCCUCGUCGUCGUCGAUCCACCUCGCCACCAACCGCGACGAUGAACACAUGUCCGACGCGUUCGUUACGCCUCCUCAGGCGUCGAGGACCGCCUUGCGACCGCUCGAUAUCGACAUGUCUCCCACUGCCGCAGCGAGUGCGCGCCUCCCUUCGAAGAAGGGCAAGUCGAAAGGCUUGCAGAGGCCCGUCAUGCCCCUCACCCCUCCCUUGACACCUCCCUACCUCGACCAAGCCGCGCUCCUUCCCUCCCUCUCGUCGCCCACGCCCACGCCCGCAGCAGCUCGACCGACCACCGUCUCCGGCCGCGCACUCGCCAACCACGCUCUCCACCCCCUCUUCGCAUCCACCUACACGCUCUGCGACGAACUCGGCGCAGGAGGAUUCGGGUUCGUCGUCCGCGCCGAACGCAACCACGACUCGCGCUCGGUCGCAGUCAAGUUUAUCGAGCGCGCAAAGAUUCCCUCGCACGGCUGGGUCAAGUCGAGGUCGUGGGGUGACACGCCCGGGUUGACGCAGCCUACUGGACCCAAGUUGGUGCCCAUGGAGGCGUUCGUCUUGAGGAGUAUCAGGCACGAGGGAGUCGUCGCUUUCAUCGACUUGUUCGAGGACGACAAGUACUUUUACCUCGUCAUGGAACACCACGGCUCGCCUUGGCAGAUUCCCGAGAAGCACAGCGGCGAGCAGCAGCUCGUCGGUCCUCCGUCGCCGUCGUCCGCCGCCAUGUCGCCCACCUUGACGUCGAGCUGGCCGCGCCUCGCGCCAGGACAACAGACGGUGACGCCCACCUCGUCACCGACCAUGUGCUCGUCCCCCCUGCCCGACUCGCCCGCCUCGUCACCGACGUACCUCGCCCCUCCGCGCCCUCCGCCCAUGAUGCGCCGCAGCUCGCACGACCUCUUCGAAUGCAUCGAGCAACACAGCCGCUUCGACGAGCGGACCGCGAAAUACGUCUUUGCGCAGAUCGUCGAGAUCGUCCAUGCACUCCAACAGAUGGGUAUCUGUCACCGCGACAUCAAGGACGAGAACAUCGUCAUCACGCACGACUACCGCGUCAAGUUGAUCGACUUUGGGUCGGCAGUCAUCUUUGACCCGCGCCAGCCUUCGCCCGCCUACCACCGCUUCUUCGGAACGACGUCCUUUGCGGCUGCAGAGAUCCUCCGCGGAGAGGCGUACCAGGCCCCUCCAGCCGAAGUCUGGUCACUCGGCGUCCUCCUCUCGAUCCUCGUUACAGGCGAAUGCCCCUUCUCCGACGCCGAAGCCGCCAAAGCCGGUCGGCUCUCGAGACCCAAGAUCCGCGUCCAGCCAGAGAUUGAGCACCUCUUGCGCGCGUGCCUCGAAGUCGACGUCUCGAAGCGUAUCUCGGUCGCGCAGAUCAGGCGCCAUCCCUGGCUCGCCGACAUCUACUCGCGGCGCUCCUGA